ACGAGCGAGAGAGAGACACACAGGAGAGGGGGGGGAAAGGGAACUGUGAGCCAGUGACAGCAUCUCCUUCCCGCUGCACCAUCGGUGAGGGGACUCCUCAUUUCCAUCUUUUAUUCUUCUUCAUUUCAGAAGGUUUUAUUUUCCCGUUUCUAGCUGGGAAGUAGUUCCGAGUCUGUUGCGAGCCACCCCCCCCCCCCCCCCCCGACUUUACGGGGUUUCUAAAGACCCAUCCAUCCACUCUGUUUUGCUCCGAGCGCAAGGGACUCUGCUUUGGGGUCCGCGGGAGGAACGAGCGACGCCCCUUCGCAGAUAACGGCACCGGGGAGGCGUCUGCCCUUUCUGCUGGCUCACUUUCCGUCGUGCGGCCAGGACGGGGAUUUCACUGAGAGGGGAGGCGGGCUGACAUGGGGGGAGCCUUCCCACUCUGAGAUUCUUAAUUCGACUGGAUCGCAACAAGAAGAACAACAGGCAAGGAGAGCCAGUGCUGCUGGAGGAUUGGAUAUAUGUGGAUCUUGUCCUCCUUCGCAGGACAAUGAGAGAAAGGCAGCGACGCAGGGAAAUAGGCGGCUGAUCUGAGUGCGGCGGACGAGCUGCACGCGGCCGCAGGAGCUUGCCAGCCAGAGGUAAACGCUGCAACUUUUCUCCCAUUUCCUGACGCACUCGUUCGGAAGCCGGCGGAGAACCUGAAAAUAAGGGGAGUCUCUCAUUCCGAAAGUGAUAAGAAACUUUACUCUGGUUACGAGCUGAAGGGAGGCAGACUCUGUUAUUCCAGGAUGGACCAGGAAUGAGGGAGACCAGCAUCAUCUAAAGUCAACUCUGUUUGCUUAGUCUCUCUUCAGCCAGCGAGCCUCGAAGACAGUCCCCGAGGCGUCCGUAGAGAGAGAGACCUUUGACACCGACUGCAGCUGAAUGUUUAUUCGGAGCACUUGAUUGGCCAAUCAAUGCCGGACUGGGUGCCCAAAUGGUUACAGUGAUGCCCUGUUGAUGGAGAAGGGAUUAAAAAGUAGGGGUGUUUUGCAAGACUGGACUUACAGGACCUCGAGGGCUGUGCGAGAAGGUUCUUGCAUAAGAAACUGCCUUUCCAGACGAUUCAACUGUGUUUGGGAUUGGAACUGAACACGGGCGAUGGUGAUGUGUGCUUUCUAGAAGACAAUCGCCUGUUUAAUCUUCUUCAGCUGGGUCUACAGGCAGAUCAUCUCCCCUGGGUUUUAGGAAUUCCUACCUCCCCAGCCUUGUUCUCGCCUUUGGACCACAAAGCCCCCCACCCACUGGACUAGCAUGACCACGACCCCCCGUAUUGCAGGAUGUGAUCGCCACCUGUCGGGAGGUGCCCUGACCCACUGGCAGAGGCACAUUUUGCAUUUUCAGCUAAUUUUACAGGUGGUAUUUUUUAAAUUUGCUAUUGCUUUUAAUUGAUAUUUUUAUUGCCCAUGCGACUGGCACUUCAGUCUCCUGUCUUUGUUUGACUGAUGCCCAGGAAUGUGGAAAGGUGCGCAGGGAGCUGUAGUCCUUUUUCUUUUAGCUGUUGUAUUUUCUUUUUGUGGUUUAUUCAUGAGAAAGAAAGAAAUAGUGGGCAGGAGUUUUAGCCUCGCUCUGUAUACACUAAGAAAAGGCCCGUAAUCCAGCAGAACCAGAACUAUGAACCAGUCCAAAUCCAUUGAACUGCUGCCCAGCUAUCUGCCCGCCGCAAACGGCAGCAUCGAAGGCCCAGUGAGUGUGUCCCUCAACCACUCGUGCCCCUUGGGCUGGGCGCUGAGCGAAGGCACGGAGGCCUGCGUCCUUGAGACGGCCGUCAUCGUCCUGCUGACGGCCCUCAUCAUCACGGGCAACCUGACGGUGAUCUUCGUGUUCCACUGUGCCCCGCUACUGCAUCACUACACCACCAGCUACUUCAUCCAGACCAUGGCUUACGCCGACCUGCUGGUGGGACUGAGCUGCCUCGUACCCACGCUGUCCUUGCUGCACUAUCCUGCCCGCGUGCAGGAGCCCCUCACGUGCCAGGUGUUCAGCUACGUCAUCUCCGUGCUUAAGAGCGUCUCCAUGGCCUGCUUGGCCUGCAUCAGCGUGGACCGCUACCUGGCCAUCACCAAGCCGCUCUCCUACAACCAGCUCGUGACGCCCUGCCGGCUCCGCUGCUGCAUCGCCCUCAUCUGGAUCUACUCCUGUCUGGUGUUUCUGCCCUCUUUCUUCGGCUGGGGGAAGCCGGGUUACCACGGAGACAUAUUCGAGUGGUGCGCCCGCUCAUGGCCUACGUCGGCGCUCUUCACGGGCUUCGUGGUCUGUCUCCUGUAUGCUCCCGCUGCCUUGGUGGUCUGCUUCACCUACUUUCACAUCUUCCGCAUCUGUCAGCAGCACAACCGCGAGAUCAGUGAGCGACGGGCGCGAUUCCCCAGCCAGGAGAUGGAGGCCGGAGAGGGCGGGCACCCCACGGGACAUGGACCCGACCGUCGGUACGCUAUGGUACUUUUUCGCAUCACCAGCGUCUUCUACGUGCUCUGGCUGCCCUACAUCAUCUACCUCCUGCUAGAGAGCUCUCACGUGCUGGUCAGCCCCAUCCUCUCCUUCGUCACCACGUGGCUGGCCAUUAGCAACAGUUUCUGUAACUGCGUCAUCUACAGCCUCUCCAACAGCGUCUUCCGGCUGGGCUUGAGACGCCUCUCGCAGACCCUCUGCUCGUCCUGCUCUUUCUGCAUCUGUGCCGCCGGGGGCCAGGGCGCCACCGGCCCCAAACCCAAAAAGAGAGCCAACUCCUGUUCUAUUUAAGAUGUCCAGAACGUCUGGAAAGCAAGAAUGGACGUAAAAGUCGGAAGUAACUAAACUUCUGUACGCUGAGUAAAUGGAAAGAUGUCGGGCAAAGAGAAAAAUCUUGUUCUUAACGCUGCUAAACCAUGUGCCACUGGUGGAUCUCAAAUGUCGGGAUGUUUCCUUUCCCUUAUUUCUCCUCGUUGAGCGUUCGUUCUCAUUUCGAAUGUAACUUUGAGCCUUUAAUAUCACACUUGUGACGCUCGUCACUCUUCUAGUGUUUUUUUACUUGAAAGGAUGGUUAUUUCAUGGCUAAGAAACUUGACACGUGAACAGCCAAAAUAAGGCUUUAAUAAUGACAAACUCAGCCAUGCUGUGUUUCUAUGUAUCCAAGUGGGUGGCAGUCGGAUGUUCUAGCUCCAGACAGGUCAACACGGGAAAGUAGCUUAUGGUUCCUGGUUGGUGCACCUCAAUGGGUCGGCACUGAGAUAGAGCAGAUUGAGGGGAGCCAGGGACUGCGUUGGAGGAGAUAUCAGGCUGUAAAACUGA